UGUGGGCGGGGCGCAGUUGGGGGAGGGUGCAGAGACCUGAGGGUUGAGGUUGCCUGGCUGGCUCCGCUCCCAGAGGCGGGUGCCGCGCUGUCGCCCAGGUAUCUGGGGUCUCUGGUGUCUGAGUGUCUCAUUGUCGGCGCGGACACUCUUGCUCCAGCCACAGGCGAGGCCUGGCCAAGGUGUGGGCGCAUCUGGGGCAGGUCUUGAGAGGUCCAGCGCCCGCGGGGCACCGCGGCGCUCGCCGCCGCCUGCCCGCAGGUGAUCAUCCUCCUGCAGGUGUCCUCGGGCCUCAGGUGGCUGCGUGUCCGCGCCAUGGUUGACAUUCUGGGUGGGCGGCACCUGGUGACCUGUAAGGGCGCGGCGGUGGAGGCCGAGGCGGCGCUGCAGAACAAGGUGGUGGCACUGUACUUCGCGGCGGCCCGGUGCGCGCCGAGCCGCGACUUCACGCCGCUGCUCUGCGACUUCUAUACGGCGCUGGUGGCCGAGGCGCGGCGGCCCGCGCCCUUCGAAGUGGUCUUCGUGUCAGCCGACGGCAGCUCCCAGGAGAUGCUGGACUUCAUGCGCGAGCUGCAUGGCGCCUGGCUGGCGCUGCCCUUCCACGACCCCUACCGGCAACGGAGUCUUGCUCUGUUGCCCAGGCUGGAGUGCAAUGGCGUGAUCUUAGCUCACUGCAACCUUUGCCUCCUGGGUUCGAGCGAUUCUCUAACCUCAGCCUCCUGAGCAUCUGGGGACUACAGCCAUUGCUGUGAAUUAGGUGAGGGAAAGAUAUUGAAGAGGAGUUGGACACCCCGAGAGUGCAGCUGUUCUCCCCCCCGCACCAUCCCUGUCCUGCAUUCUGUGAGUCUGUGCUCAUCAACAAUGUGCUGUGACCAUGUGACUCAGCAAUCCUGCUGCUGGGUAUAUACCCAAAAGAAAGGAAAAGGAAGCCAGUAUAUUGAAGAGGUAUCUGCAACCCCAUGUUUAUUGCAGCACUGUUCACAACAGCCAAGAUUUGGAAGCAACCUAAGUGUCCAUCAACAGAUGAAUGGAUAAAGAAAACAUGGUACGCAUACACAAUGGAGUAGUCUUCAGCCAUUAAAAAAAUGAGAUUCUGUCAUUUGCAAUAAUAUAGAUGGAAAAGAAGGCCCUUAUGUGAAGUGAAAUAAGCUAGGCACAGAAAGACAAACAUCACAUGUUCUCUCUUAUUUGUGGGAUCUAACAAUCAAAACAAUUGAACUCUUGGACAUAAAGAGUAGAAGGUUGGUUACCAAAAGCUGGAAAGGGUAGUGGGGUUGGGAGGAAGGUGGGAAUGGUUAAUGGGUACAAAAAAAUACAAAGAAUAAAUAAGACCUAAUAUUUGAUAGCACAAUAGUGUGAUUACCAUCAAUAAUCAUUUGAUUGUACAUUUAAAAAUAACUAUAAUUGCAUUGUUUGUAACACAAAAGAUAAAUGCUUGAGG